AUGUCGUCUACCACAAUGAUGGGCAUGGACGACAUGAGAAUGACAUUCUUCUUUUCCUCAACCACGCCGCCUUUCUCCACGAAUUGGACGCCAAACACCACAGGCCAGUACGCAGGCACAUGCAUCUUCUUGAUUGCUUUUGCGGCAGUCUUUCGAGCACUGCUAGCCGUCCGAGUAAAUUUCUCCUUGCUGAUGACUGCCGUCGACAUGCAUCGCAACAGGGGUGUGUAUGAGCCAUACCAGAAUGAAAAGGCGCCUCAGCAUUCCUGGCGAGCAAAGGAUGCAAUUUUGACAGGCUUCAUGGAUCUCGUGCUCGCGGCGGUGGCAUACCUACUAAUGAUUGCGGUGAUGACCAUGAAUGUUGGAUAUUUCCUGAGUGUAUUGGCAGGUGUCUUCGUUGGCAGUGUGAUGUUUGGACGAUUCAUUGCCAAUGCUGCAGCACAUUAA